AAUAAUAAUAAAUAUUGUAAAGAAUUAAAUAGAAACCUUAUAAUAAGAAAUCAUCCAGCUAAAUCAUCAUCAUCGUCAAUGAUUAUAAAGAAUCAUAAAUUGCGAAGAAAAUGUCAAAUAUUAAGUGAAUGUCUUAAAUUAAUCCUGAUAAAAUGUACAACAACAAAAAGGUCGGCUUUGAUAACGACAAUUUUUCUGGUCAUUUCAUUAUUGCCUCUCAUCAAUUCAGCUCCAUUCCAUACAUAUGGUCGAUUCCGUUCACCGAAAGAUAAAGGCUGUUAUUAUUUAUUAAAACAUUAUGAAAAUGGUGAACAAGUAAUGACAAAUGAACCUUGUCUAAAUUGUACAUGUACGAAUAGUAUGUUAAUGUGUUAUCUAAGAGUAUGUCCAUUCAUUAAACCGCUUGGAGAAAAAUGUUUAAUUGAAAAAAAAGAUGGUGAAUGUUGUCCAUCGAUUACUUGUCCUGAAGAUUCAAUGAUCGAUGAAACAACAACAACAUUAAUGACAACAACAACAACAACAACAACAACAACGACUACAACAACAACAACAACAUCUGCACCACCAACAGUUUCAAUUAAACAAGGUUGUGAAAUUGAUGGUUUUCAUUAUAGUGAUGGUGAUCUAAUGCCAUCCGAUCCAUUAAAACCAUGUGAAAUUUGUUAUUGUAUACAGAAUCAAUCAAUGUGUACAUUACAAGAAUGUCAUCUGCAAGGUGUUACUGGUUGUCAACCAAUUUAUCAAAAAAAUACAUGCUGUCCAGUCAGAUAUAAUUGCUCAAGCGAACAAGGUAUAGAAAUGCGUCAUACAACACAACAACCACCAAUCAAUUGGUUUGAUCAGAUAACAAAUAAAGAAUCAUCAGGAUGCCAACAUAAUGGUAAAUUUUUUGAUGAUGGUGCACAAAUACCAUCAAAAGAUAAAUGUGAACAUUGUUAUUGUAUGCGUGAUGAAAUUGUAUGCGCUAUACAAGAAUGUCGACCACCAUGUGAUGGUUGUAUACCAAUUUGGACUGAUAAUGAUUCUUGUUGUCCGGAAAAAUAUGAAUGUUAUCCACAAUUUACGACCUUUAAAGAAUCGAAUCGUACAAAAACAACAACAACAUUUGGACAUGAAUUUUUAAUGAAUAAAACAUCAAAACCAAGAUUACCAGCACCGAAAAUUGAUUUAUCAUUAGAACAACAACAACAACAACAUUCACAACAACAACAACAUUCACAACAACAACAACAACAUUCAGAACAAAAUCUAUUUAAUCAUCCAAAAGAUAUAAGUAUUACGAGAAUAUUAUCGGAACAAAAAAGCAACAAAACACUAGUCAAAAUAAUAACGAAUGGCGAUAAAGUGACAAAAAAACCAACAAAUAAUCGACCAAAAGUAAAACCCGGAUUAAUACCCGGUGAAGGUGUUUGCCGAUAUGAAAAGAAAAUCUAUCAAAAUGGUGAAAAAGUUAAUUCAACAAAUCCUUGUAUUGAAUAUUGUAUGUGUAUAAAUAGUGUUGUUUAUUGUGAUGAAAUUAUUUGUCAAGAAGAUUUGAAUAAAAAACAAAACAAAAAUUGUAAAGAAAUACAUUAUAAAAAUAGAUGCUGUCCACGUUAUGAAUGUAAUGAAUAUGAUUUUAUUGAACAAACGGAUAUUAGUGAUUUGGAUAUACCGAUAACAAAAACUGGUACAAAAACAAAACAACGUCCACACGUUUGGAAACCAGAACCAAUAACUGAAAUACCUAUUGAAAUGACAACAACAACAACAAUCAGUGAAUCAGAUAUGGAAGAAAUUAUAAAACCCGAAACAAUUGUUAAUCAAACGAUUGACGAAUCGGAAAUACCACCUGUUAAGGAAACUAUAACGACGAUAAAACCACUGGAAACUAUUCGAACUACAGUGUCAUCAGCGACGUCUAUAAUGUCUGAAUCAACACCACAAUCAGUAGCCAAAGAAAUGACUACUACCGAAUUGCCAAUCGUUGAAGAACAUUCAACAGAAUCAUCAACAGGACCAUCCGUAACAACAAAUGUAACAUUACCUGAUGAAAAAGAAUUGAUUCAUUCAACAACUUUACCAUCAUUGAUUGAAGAAGAAAAGACAAGUACAGUAAAAGAAUCCAUCACCACCACCACUACAAGUGAACCUGAAAUAAGUCCUGAAUCAAAAGAAACUUUGAAACCAGAAAUCGAUACUGAAAUUCCAUCUGUUCAAGUUGGUUUAGUAACAACUGAAUCGCCAUCAUCAAGUACGAUUGCUUCAGUAGAAGGUGAAACAACAACAACAACGUCCAAAGUUUCAACUAUUGAAUCAGAAAUAUCAACAGUUCAACCUAAUGUUAUGACAAGCACAACAGAAAAAGAAAUGGAAACAAGUACUCAGGGAAUUGAGAUAACAACCAAAGCAGGAAUUAUGCCGGUUGUUUCAGAAAUAAGUACUGAAAUAACUUCAACACCUGCAUCAGAAAUCACUGACGAAACAACAACAACAACACCUUCAUCGGAAAUUCACACUACAAAAACCAUGCCAAUUGAGAGUACAACAUCAAUUCCAAAAGAAGAAAUAACAAGUACCGUGUCAUUUGUUGAAAGUGAAAAAACAACAACAGAAAUACCGGAUAUUCAAGUAGGAAUUGAAACUACGACUUUAUCCGAAGUUGAAAUGCCUGCAACUGGUAAACCAACUGAGAAGGAAAUGAUAGAAGCAAGCACUAUCGAGUCUGGUGAAUCAACAACAACAGCUUUCCCAGAAAUCAGUACCAAAACAACUAAAAUUUCUGAAAUUUCUGAAGGAACAACUAUUGCAUCAACUUUAGCGGAACAAGUUACAAGUACGAUUACACCAGUUGAAACGGAAACAACAACUAAAUCAGGAAUUCCAUCCACAGAAGAUGUUCAAAUCGAAAUGACAACAACAGAACAACCGGAAAGUAUGAUUACUGAGAAAGAAAUCGAUACUGUAACACCAUCAAGUGUUGAAAGUGAAAUGACAACAAAACCAGUGAUAACUGGAGUUGUUAAUGAAACGAUAACCGAAUCGACAACAACUGGAAUGCCAAGUAUCACUACUGUUCCAUCAGUUGAAGAAGAAGAAGCUACAACGAAAUUGACUUCUGUUUCAGAAAUUAGCGCUGAAACAACUACGUCAUCGGAAAUUCCAUCUGUUCAAGUUGGUCAAGAGACAACAACAACAUCAUCAAGUACAAUUAUACCUGAUGAAGGUGAAAUGACAACUGACAAGGAAAUCGGUGUUAAAACAACCACGACUUUAUCACCAAUAGAAGGUGAAGAAACAACUUCGUCACCGGAAAUUCCAGCUGUUCAAGUUGGUCAAGAGACAACAACAACUUCUUCAAGUACAAUUAUUCCUGGAGAAGAUGAAAUGACAACUGCUAAAGAAAUCAGUGCUGAAACAACAACGACCAUAUCACCGAUAGAAGGUGAAGAAACAACUGCGUCAUCGGAAAUUCCAUCUGUUCAAGUUGGUAUGGAGACAACGACAACAACGUCAUCAACGGAAUUGCCGACAACUUUUUCAUCAAGUACAAUUAUUCCUGGUGAAGGUGAAAUGACAACUGUCAAGGAAACCAGUGCUGGAACAUCAACCACCAUAUCGCCAAUAGAAGGUGAAGAAACAACUACGUCAUCAGAAUUACCCUCAGUUCAAGUUGGUAUGGAGACAACGACAACAGCGUCAUCAACAGAAACUGAUAUAACUGCAAAAGAACCCGGAACAAGUACAAUUAGACCGAUCGAAAGUGAAAUAACAACAGAAUCUACUGUUUCGGAAAUUGAUGUUAAGACAACCACACCUUCAGUGAUCACAGAAAAACCAAUCACAAGUACUGUUGAAACCGAACCUACCGAAACAAGAAUUCCUGCCGCUCAGAUGGAAGGUGAAACUACCACUACUGCUGCAAUUUCAACAACAACUGAAGCAGCAUCAACUGCGGAAACAGAAUUACCCGAAAGAAGUACAAUAAGUGAACGGCCAAUAAAAGGUGGUGAUGAUUUUGAACAUACAACAUUAUCUGAAAUGAUUGAUGAAACAUCAACGACAACCAAACCAGAACUUGCCGCAUCAACUGAAAAAUCAACAACAACAACAUCAUUUAUAGAUGGAUUAAUAACAACUGUUAAAGAUUUUAUUACAUCAACAUUACCUCCAAUGAUAGAAGAACAUACAACAAUAAAACCAGGUAAAGAAACUGAAAUGGGUAUAAUCGAAAUGAAUAAAACAACACCCGAUGAAAAAGAAUCAAUACUUGUUACUACUACAGAAUUACCUAUUGAAAAAGAAACACAAGCAACAGGUGAAUUCACUUUGUCAACAAUGAAACAACAAACUGAGGAAGCAGUUACCGAUAAUGUAACAACAACAGCCAUACCUAUCGAUGUAUCAAAAAUUGAAACAACAACAACAGCGUCACAAACAGAAUUGCCUACAGUUGAAGAAACAACAACAUCAACAUUUGAAUAUUCAACAACAGAAUCAUCAACUGUUGCAUCGUCAACGACCGAAUCUGCAGAUAUAACCGAAUCAGAAAUGCCAUCUGUUCAAGUUGGUGGUGUAGAAACAACAACAAUGUCGGAAUUUUCAGAAACAACCCGAAGACCGACUGUUUUCACAACACCAUCGGAAUUAUCUUCAACCGCUAUGGAAGAGGUAACAAGUACAAUAUCAUCAUCAAUCGAUGAUAAGAUAACUACGGAAAAAGAAAUACCGGCAAUCCAAGCUGGUAUCGAAACAACUACUACAGGAGCAAUAAGUACCGUUGAAAGUGAAAUGACAACAAAACCAACUGUUUCAGAAAUCGGUGUCGAUACUAAAACCACAUCCGAAAUAUCAUCAACAACUGAAAUGCCAGGUAUCAGUACCGUUCCUUCAGCUGAACAAGAAGCUACAACGAAAUUGACUUCUUUUUCAGAAAUCAGCCUUGAAACAACUACAUCAUCGGAAAUACCUUCAGUUCAAGUUGGAAUGGAGACAACAACAACAUCAUCAAGUACAAUUAUUCCUGAUGAAGGUGAAAUGACAACUGUCAAGGAAAUCAGUGUUGGAACAACAACGACCAUAUCACCAAUAGAAGGUGAAGAAACAACUACGUCAUCGGAAAUACCUUCAGUUCAAGUUGGUCAAGAGACAACAACACCAUCAUCAAGUAUAAUUAUUCCUGGUGAAGAUGAAAUAACAACUGUCAAGGAAACCAGUGCUGGAACAUCAACGACCAUAUCGCCAAUAUUAGGUGAAGAAACAACUACGUCAUCGGAAAUACCUUCAGUUCAAGUUGGUAGCAAAACCACAGCUGCACCAUCAACAGAAACCGAUAUAACUGCAAAAGAACCUGUAACAAGUACAAUUAGACCAAUCGAAGGUGAAAUGACAACAGAAUCUACUGUUUCGGAAAUUGAUGUUAAGACAACAACACCUUCUGUGAUAUUUAUCACAGAAAAACCAAUAACAAGUACUGUUGAAACCGAAACUACGGAAACAAGAAUUCCUGCCGUUCAGAUGGAAGGUGAAACUACCACUACUGCUGCAAUUUCAACAACAACUGAAGCUAUAUCAACAGCUGGAACAGAAUUACCAGAAAGAAGUACAAUAAGUGAACUGCCAAAAGAAUCAGUUAUGACUACCGAAUCAAGCACAAUUGUUCCUGAGAAACUUGAAACAACAGCCAUGGAAGAAGAGACAAAAACCACAACUAGUAUACCAGAAAUAUCAACAGUCAGUGAAAUUUCAAAAGAUAAAUUCUCUACAAUUUCAACAAUCGGUGAAUCUACAACUGUUUUGCCUACAGAAUCUACUAAAUUAGAACCAGAUUUUACAACUGAAACUUUAGAAUCUAGUAGCGUUCCAGCAGAAAUAUCGACCACCAUGAAACCAGGAAUACCAGGUGAAGGAAUGACUCGAACAUCACCAACAACAAUAUCGAGUACGAUGAUAACAACAACAACAACAACCUUACCUUUGAUUGAAGAACAUUCAACCAUACAGCCAAUUGAAGAAGUUUCCGAAUCAAUUUCAACUAUGAACAAAACAGAACCAAGUGAAAAAGAAUUAAUUCAUUCAACGACAACAACGAUAAUGCCAAUUGAUGAAGAAGACAAAACUGAAAUGCCUUCAGUAGAAAUAGGUAUCGAAACGACUACAUCGACCGAAUGGCCAACAACAACCGAACCAAGUAUGCCUUCGGUUGAAGAAAUUGGUGCUGAAACAACAACAACAACUAAACCAGUGAUUUCUACUGUUGAACCAGAAUCGACAUCAACAAUGGUAGAAACUGAAAAAGAACCAGGAACUAGCACGUCUAUUGAAACUGAAACAACCGCUGAACCUGAAAUGACAACAGUUGCUGAAAUAGACACAACAACAACAACAACAACGUCACAACCAUCAAAAGUACAGAUUGGAAUUGAAACGACUACACCGUCCACAGCUGAACCAGAAACUACAUCUGGAUCGACUGAAAUGGAACCAGAAACAACAACCACAUUAUCUGAAGAAAUUUCUACAACCGAAAUGCCUGAAAAAGAAAUUACCAGCAGUACAAUAUCUCCAAGUGAAAUUGAAACAACAACAACCAUUUCGGAAAUUCCUUCAAUACAGACUGGUUACGAGACCACCACCAAACUACCAGAAACUGAUGUAUCAACUGAAAAAGAAUUGUCAACAAGUACUAUCGUACCGAUUGAAACAAUGACAACACCAACAGGAUCGAUUCCAGAAACAACUACGGCUAUAGACAAAGUUUCUGCCGAUAUCAGUGAAUCAAUAACACCCGAACCAAUAACAACAACAGCAAGUACAGUUUCGACAUCUGUAGAAAUGGAAACAACAACUAUCGGUGAAGAAAUUCCAACUGUUCAAGUUGGUAUUGAAACAACAACUACAUCUUCGUUCAUGACCGAAUCAUCAUCUACAAUUGAUUUGUCUACGGAAAAAGAAAUGAUUACUAGCACUGAAUCAUUGAUCGAAAAGGAAACAUCAUCAACGACAAUACCACCAUCGUCGAUGGAAUUCACUUCUACUGUUCCUUCUGUUUCAAUAGAACAUUCGACAACCAUAAUACCUGAUACAGAAAUAGCUGAGACAAUUUCAACUUCUACAGGUAAACCAGGUGAAGAAACAACCGAAAUGAAAGAAAUGAUAACAUCAUCAACAACAACAACACUGGAACCAUUUAUUGAAGAACAUUCAACAAUUCAACCAACAAUCGGAUUUACAGGUGAACCGGAAUCUAAAUUAAAUAAAACUGAACCUGAUGAAAGCGAAUUGAUACAAUCAACAACAACAACAACUAUACCGAUAACUGAACCGGAAAUUAGUGAAAUAACAACAACUAUUUCGCCUGAAAUAGUAACGAAAGAACCGAUAACUAGUACGGUUCAAUCAAUUGAAGAAAGCGAGAAAACAACAACAGAAUCAACGAUUCCAGCAAUUCAAGUUGGAUUCGAAACAACAACAAUAAAACCAUCGGAAAUCACUGAAUCAUCAAUGAGUACAAUGAGUUCAAGUGAAACAACAACUAAAUCGAUUACUACCGUUAAACCAACGGGAUUGGAAACCACAACCACAAUGGAAGAAAUUGCCAUAACUGAUUCCAAAACGACAGAAUCACCUGCAACAACUAUUGAAGAACAAACGCCUACUACUACUACUACUGCUGAAUCCGAAAUACCCGAAGUUCAAACUGGUAUCGAAACAACAACCACUACGGAAAAAGAACCCGAACAAACAAGCAGUACUUUGACGCCUGUCAAAACAACAAGUGCUAUUUCUACAAUGACCGAUAUUACUGAAAAACCUAUGAUCAUGACUACGGAACCACAGUUUAUAACUAGUACCAUUUCACCGGAUGAAAUCGGGACUACCACUAUUGUUUCUGAAACAAGUACACCACCCGAAACGUAUGAAACUAGUAGUACAAGUAUGAUUUCAGAAAAUAAAACAGUUAAGCCGGUUGAAAGUGGUUUCGAAACAACCACUGUUAUUCCCACAUCGGAAGCAUCGACAAUUCUUUCCACUGAAAAAGAACAAACGGGAAUAACUAGUACGAUUGAACCAACAACUCAAACUGAAGAAAUUGACCAGGAAACAAUAACAACGACAGCGUCGUCAACUACUGAAUGGCCAACAACAACAAUGGUAACGGAAAGUGGAUCGACAAUAACUCCUGAAGAAGAAAAAGAAAAAACAACAGUUGGCUUGGAAACAACAGAACAAGAAACUUCGGCAACUACUGUAACAUCGAUUGAAACGACAACAAAAGCAUCGAGCAAAGAAAUGGAAGGCGAAACAUCUACCAUUCCAUUGAUUAAAGAUGAAACUACAACUAUUGUGACCGAAAUGGCACCCGAUGUUCAAGUGGAUAUCGGAAAAACAACAGCAAUACCGGAAUCAGAUAUAAUUGAUACAACGAAAACAACAACACCAUCAAUGUUUGAUGAAUUAAUUACAAAAGUUAAAGAUUUUAUUACAUCAACAACAACAAUGGCACCAUUGAUUGAAGAACAUUCAACAAUUCAACCAAUUAUUUCUGAAAUGAUUCCAGCAAAAAUGAAUAAAACAGAACCAAGUGAAAAAGAAUUAACUGGUACUACAAUUGCGCCGGAAUCACAAACAUCAACAAUUUCAGAAGUAUCCAGUAAUGUAACAACACCUGCUACAACAAUCCAAGAAUCUGCGAGUACAGCUCAAACAGAUACGAUUGGUAUGGAAACUACAACAACAAUUUCGGAAAUUUCUACAUUUACUACAUCAACUAUUGUUCCGUCAGUGGUGGAAAAAGAACAAACAACCGGAAUUGAAUCGGAAUUUACAAGAACCGAAAAACCAGAAUCUUCGUCUUCCACUAUUGUAACAACAACAACAACAACAAUGCCGACUAUUGAAGAAAUAGGCCAAGAAACAACAACUGCAGCUAUUUCAGAAAUAACCGAAAAACCAGAAGAUGUUACAACGGAAAAGAAAAUCACUUUUAGCACUACUCCAUCAUCAGUUGAAAGUGAAAUGACAACAAAAUCAACUGUUUCAGAAAUCGGUGUCGAUACUAUAACCACAUCCGAAAUAUCAUCAACAACUGAAAUACCAAGUAUCACUACGGCUCCAUCAGUUGAAGAAGAAGCCACAACAAAAUUGACUUCUGUUUCAGAAAUUAGCGCUGAAACAACUACGUCAUCAGAAAUCCCAUCUGUUCAAGUUGGUCAAGAGACAACAACAUCACAAUCAAGUACAAUUAGACCAAUCGAAGGUGCAAUGACAACUGACAAGGAAAUCAGUGCUGGAACAUCAACGACCAUAUCACCGAUAGAAGGUGAAGAAACAACUACGUCAUCGGAAAUACCUUCAGUUCAAGUUGGUAGCAAAACCACAGCUGCACCAUCAACAGAAACCGAUAUAACUGCAAAAGAACCCGGAACGAGUACAAUUAGACCAAUCGAUGGUGAAAUAACAACAGAAUCUACUGUUUCGGAAAUUGAUGUCAAAACUACAACCACACCUUCAGUGAUAUCUAUAACAGAAAAACCAAUCACAAGUACUGUUGAAACUGAAACUACGGAAACAAGAAUUCCCGAUGUUCAAAUUGAAGGUGAAACUACUACUACUGCUGCAAUUUCAACAACAACGGAAGCUAUAUCAACAGCUGAAACAGAAUUACCAGAAAGAAGUACAAUAAGCGAACGGCCAAUAAAAGAUGGUGAUGAUCUUGAACAUACAACUGCAAUUCCAUCAGAAGUUUCAACAACAACAUCAGAAACUGAGAAAAUUUCAACUGCAAAAGAACUAGCAACAAGUACCGUUUCUUCGAUCGGAGAUGAAAGAACAACAACACAAGCAGCAACAGUUGAUACUGGUAUUGAAUCAACAGAAAAACCCGCAACUGUGACAUCAACUGACAAAGAACCAGGAACCAGUACUUUAUUGCCAAUUGAAACCGAAAUAACUGCUGAACCUGAAAUGACAACAGUUGCUGAAAUCGGUAUAGACACAACAACAAUUUCGCAAUCAACAAAAAUGCAGACUGGAAUCGAAACGACUACACCAUCAACUGCUGAAUCACAAACUACAUCAGCAUCGACUGAAAUGGAACCAGUAACAAGUACCAUAUCGCCUGUUGAAAUUGAAAUGACAACCAAACCAAUAAUCAGUCCAGAAAUGACUACAACCGAAAUGCCUGAAAAAGAAAUUACCAGCAGUACAAUAUCUCCAAUUGAAAUUGAAACAACAUCAACCACUUCGGAAAUUCCUUCAAUACAGACUGGUUUCGAAACCACUACCAAACUACCAGAAACUAAUGUAUCUACUGAAUUGGCAACAAGUACUAUUGUACCGAUUGAAACCGAAUCACCAUACACAGAAAAAUCCAAUGUUACCGAAAUUCCCGUUUCGGAAGCUGAUCAUUCAACAACUACAACUUAUUCACCAUUGAUAGAAGAACAUACUACUAUUUCACCGGUAAAAGAAUCGAUUGUUACUGUGUCGGAAAUAGAUAAAACAACUCCAACUGAAAAGUCGUUGAUUUCAACUACAACAACAACAACAGCUGAAACAUUUACCGAAGCAUCUACCACAUCCAUGGUCGAAGAUGAAUUGACUACUGUACCGGAAUUGCCUGACGUACAAGUUAGUAUUGAAACUACUACUACCAUUCGACCAUCGACGAUUACCAGCACUGAAAUUUCGGUUGAAAAAGAAUCGACUACGACUAUCGCAGCAGAUAAAUCUACAGUUGCUGAAAUUGAUAGUGAAACUACGAAACCAUCAAUCAGUGUAUCGACUGACAAAGAACAAAUUACAAGCACCAAAAUGUAUCCAAUCGAAACAGAUAGAACAACAACAGAAAUCUCGAUUCCAAAAGAAACUAUUGGUGAAACUGAAUUGCCUAUUGAGAUAACGACCACUGCAAUUCCAUUAUCAACAUCUACCACCAAAAAAGAACCAGAAACAGAAUUACCACCUGUUCAAGGAGAAUUUGAAACAACUACUGAAAAAGUUGAACAAACAAUAACAAGUACUUUGAAACCAGACGAAAGCAAAUCAACUGCCACAACUGAAAUUGGUUCAUCAACAACAAUAACAUCGGAAACCACCGAAAUUCCUUUGUCAACUGAAGGUAUGGUUGAUACUACUUUGUUGCCCGAUGUUAGUGAAAUUGCAACAACAACAACAACACCGGCUACUACACAAUUUACCGAAACUAAAACCGGUGAACCGAUUAUCGAUUAUAUAACUACUACUCGUCGACCAAUGGUCAAUGAAUCUUUUACUAGUCUUGAACCAAUUAUUGAAGAUCAUUCUACAAUUGCACCAUACCCACCAUAUGAUCAUACGAUUACUGCCUCUACUGAUGAUCAACAACCUGAAUUGUCCACCGUAACUACUGGUUUACCAUUUAUUGUUGAAGAUUAUACAACAAAGAAAUCUAUUUUACAUACAGAUAGUGUACCACCAACAGUAAUGAAUAAAACAGAACCAACUGAGAAAGAAUUGAUACAUUCAUCGACGACAACAACAACCGUAUCUUCCAUAGAUAAUGAAACAACAAUUUCAUCAAUCGAUGAAACGGAAUUAACAACUAAAUUACCCGAUGUUUCACUUGGAAUCAAUGUGACAACACCUGAACCCGAAGAAUCAAGUAAAUCAACAAAAUCAUUCGAACCUGAAACAAGUGAACCUGAAGGUAUUACUAAAAAACCAUCGAUUAUUACUAGUGAAGAACCUGAAGAAGAAGAAGAAGUUUGGACCGAUACACCAACAGAAAUUGUAACUGUACCUACUUUUAAUGAAAAUGUUACCAUUUCUGAAUCAAAACAUGAAAUUCCAACAACAACAACAAAACUGCCAUUUUAUCCAGUUUCACCUGGUCAACAUCAACAAGAAGAUGAAGAACAAGAACAAAUUGUACAGGAAGAAGAACAAGAUGAAACAUUAGCACCAAGACCUGUUACACCGAAACCAGGAGUAAAAACAAAAUUAAAACAACCAACAACACAACAACAACAAGAUUCUGUGAAAAAACCAUAUCGUCCAUCAUCAUCAUCAUUUACACCGUUUACUGAUCUUGGUGAUGGAUCUUGUGUAUAUGAUGGAAAAAUAUUUCAAUCAGCCGAACAAAUACCACGUCCACAUCCAUGUGAUUUUUGUUUCUGUUUUCGUGGUGAUAUUAUUUGUUUACAACAAACAUGUCCACCACCAAUUAAAAAUUGUUUAGAAUCACAUAUUGAAGGAUUCUGUUGUCCACGUUAUGAAUGUCCUGUUGAUGCAACAACAAUGAAUAUGACCGUAUUUCAUACUAAUAAUAAACGUAUGGCUCGUUCAUAUAAUUCGGCCAUUUUAUCAUCAUCAUCAAACAGAUCGAAAACAACAACAACAACUUCGACAACAACAACAACACGUCCACUACCAUAUUCAAUAUCGAUUGUUGAAAAGAAAGGUUGCCGAAUUAAUGGUCAAUUCUAUGAAAUUGGUCAACGUAUUGAUCAAUCAAGUAAUGCUUGUUUAGAUUGUCGUUGUGAUCAAAUGGGUAUGAUGAAAUGUGAUCCACAAGAUUGUUCAUCAUCGUUAGCACCAUUAAUAUUGCGAAUGAAUCGAAAUUAUUUUCUACAUAAAAAAUAAGAAAUAAUUGAUAACCCUUCGUUGACAAACAGAAACGGAAAGGAAAGGCUUUUCAUUUUGUGUGCCAAAUCUACAGAACAAACAAAAAAAAAAAAAAAAAAAAAAAAAAAUUUUUGUGAUAAUUCACUUAAUUAUUAUCAUGUGCACAUUUUUACCUGACAAAUUUUUUUUUCUUCUUUUAAAAAAAUUCAUUUCAUCCAUACGGUCUAUAUGUUUUUUCUUUCGGGGUCCAAAAUUCAAUUGUGUUUUUCCUUUUCCUACUUCUGGUGAUGAGAUUUCCCUUUUUCCCGCUUUAAAUUUCUUUCUUCGGUAAAAAAAAACCUUCAAUUGUCUAUUUAUUUAUUUAUUCUUUCUUUCUCUACAAAUGUCCACAUAGAUUUUCCCUUUAUUUCUAUUGCUCAAAUGAUACAACAUCAAUUUCCAUUUUCUUCUUUUAUUUUUUUUUGGUCAAAUUU